AUGGCUGGACCUCUUUGUACAUUGGCAUCUGCUGCCCUUAUUGUGUCGGUCUCCGCGCGGACUGCACCAUCUUUUCAGCGCGAUGCAAGUGAGCCCCAGUAUGGUGACAUGACGGUCUUCUUCGAGAACGAUGGCAACUGGACGUCUCAUGGAUCCAAGCCUAGUGGGGUGUUUAUCAACACGCCUUCGAGUUAUUCUGCUGCCACUGCUGCAUGCGCUGCUCAGAACGAGACAUUACUGAGCUGCGAAAAAUAUGUCGACUUUACCAACCUAUUCAGCUAUCAGCAAUGGCUCGGCACCAUCACCCCAAGCCAGCUCUUUUGGUCAUCCUGCUCGUCCUCAUCGCCCACUUCUUGGAGUGGCGUUGUUCAGAGCAAUGCAAACUCAAGUUCAGAACUUCUGCCCUUCUUGUGCACUAACAGCGCCCCUAUGGUAGACAAGGUGGAUACUGAUUACUCGAACUUUCCUCGUGUGAAUGCAACUUCCAAUGGAACUACAUUCGAGGGUAUGAGGGACCAUAUGGCGUUCCGCUUUGCCGGAAUCCCUUUCGUACAGCCUCCAACAGGAGAUCUUCGAUUCCAGCCAGCUCGGCCGUGGAACCAAUCCUUUUCCUAUGUGGAUGCGACCAAAUACGGUCCCGCUUGCUUGCAGUUUGGGUAUUUCGAUGGGGAUGCAUAUGGGCUUAACCCCUGGGGAAAUAGUGAGGACUGUCUUUACCUCAACAUCUACACGCCCUAUAUUCCAUCAUCCGAUUCGUUAGAUCCCGACAAUGGGAAGCCUGUCAUGGUUUGGAUAUAUGGUGGCGGAGACACUCAGGGCUCGGGAGCCGACUCGACCUUUGAUGGGGCUAGUCUUGCGUCUCGGUCUGAUGUUGUGGUUGUCACCUUUAAUUACCGCCUUAACAUAUUCGGUCUCCUGGCCCUGGAUGAUGAUGAGAUUAAAGGUAAUUACAUGAUGACUGAUAAGAUCGAAGCACUGCGCUGGGUGAGGCAGUACAUCGCCGGGUUUGGAGGCAAUCCGAAGAACGUUACCAUCUUCGGGCAGUCCGCCGGCGCCUCAUCAGUCAACGACCUAAUCACAUGCCCAGCCAUCAUUGGCGAGGAACUGUUCCAGAACGGCAUCGUUCAGUCGGGAAAGUCAAACGUGGCGACAGCGGAAGUGGCUGCCGCAUAUGCCUUGCCCUAUAUCGAGCGGUUCUGCAAUGGUACGACCGCUCAACGGGCCUCCUGUCUGCGGUCCUUGCCCGCUGAGACACUACUCAACAUUACCAAUAACAGUAUCAGUUGGUACACCGUCAUGGAUGGCCACUAUUCGGCUGAUUAUACGCAGGCACGAUAUGGCCUAGGAGCGCAGUACAUCAAUUCAGUCAAUGUCAUGGCCGGUAACAUGCUCGAGGAAUAUCAAUCCCUCGCAACCACGAGCCUAUGGCCCAGCAUGACCAACUUCAGCGAAGCGCUGGAGAUCCUCGUCAGUGACUCUGCCCUCAACAAAGCCCAAGCAGCAGCAGUGGCCAGAUCAGGUCUCUACACAGUCACAAACACCACAGUCUACAACGGCAGUACCACCUACACAUCGGUCUACAACGCCUCAGUCCACAUCGGCACCGAAGGCCAACUGUACUGCGACGGCACACUUCUCCAGUGGAUCGCUGCCGCCUCAUGGGCCUUCAAAUCGCACUGGUUCUACAUCCACAACCGCGGCUACGCACUCAGCUACUACGACUUUUACGAUCUGUGCACAUUCCCCGUGGGUCAGCCAGACACACCCUACUAUCGCUGUCACAGCAGCGACCUGUACGAGGUGUUUGGCACCUACUAUAUCUUUGACCAGCCCGUGCGGGUUCCAGAGGAUAUCUACUAUACCAAUGCCGUCCAGGAUAUGUGGGGUGCCUUUGCUCGGACGGGGAAUCCGAAUGUCGAUCCAGCAUAUCUGAUAGCCCGGUCAUACGAUUCGACUCUGGAAUUCUUCGUUGGUUUUGAGUGGCCCCAGUUUACGAUUACCAGGCCGAGUGUUGCGUCGUUGCAGUUCCCGGGCCCGAAGGUCUCUUCGUUGCCGUAUCAGGAUCAUUGUGAGGUGUUGUUGCCGUAUGUGACGAAUCCGGCUGCUCCGGGUGCUAUGUGAUUCCUUGGUGGUAGCAUGUACAUAUGCAGAGCGAUGGCCUCCUCGUCCCACUCUAC